UAAUGGAUAGAGAGUCGGACUUGCAACCUGAAGGUCGUGGGUUCGAGUCUCAGGUCUGGCAGGGAUUGUAGGUGGGGGGAGUGAAUGACCAGCGCUCUCUCCCACCCUCAAUACCACGACUGAGGGGAGACCCUCGAGCAAGGCACCGAACCCCAAACUGCUCCCCGGGCGCAGCAGCAAAAAAGGCUGCCCACUGCUCCGGGUGUGGGUGUGUGUGUGUGUGUGUGUCACAAAUUCCGAGUAUGGGUCACCCUACUUGGCUUCACUUCACUUCAUGUCGCCAUUUAUCAUUUCGGUUUAUAUUUAUUUAUUUACAUUUAACAUUUACAUUCAUGUUUAAAAUUAGAUUUAUUUACAUUCAGCCUAUUUAUAACGUGUGAUUUUUUUUUUAAAAACUGUUAUUGUACAUGCAUCACUAUUUAACUGUAUCAGAAGGGCCUCAAAUGUUCAAAAAGUCAGACAGAAAGAGUAUUAAACCUUUUACAUUUGGCAACCCAUAGGCCCGGGAUUACCAAGCAAAACCAAAAGCAGCCUAUUCAGUAAAAAAUAUCCCAAAACUAAAAUAAAGCUCACACAGCUGUUACGUUCCAACACAAUUCCCAAGUGUACUUGUAAUAUUUCAGAUAUUAUUAUUUCUAUACAUUUUAACAAAUCAGAUACAGCAUGGUUUCCAUAAAUCCCUGUGGGGAAACAUCUCUGGAAAUGUAUUUACACUGAGGUGACAACUUUAACUGCGCGGAAAACCAGUGGAGGGCGAUGUCCUUCAGGUUAUGCUGGGAAAGGCACUGAGCAGGAUGAGUAGUUACUGUUGCCCGGUAUUUUAUUUAUUUAUUUAUUUUAUUGAAUAUAUAAGGAUACUGUAAUUCAACUGACGAGUAAAAGUCUAUCUUUGCUAACUUUUAACACCUAAAACUGAACCUUAAGAGAGUUGAGGUUCAUUCUGCUCGCGAGCGUACAGACGGGUGCGCGCGCGCGCGCGUGUGUGUGUGUGUGCGCGCGCGCGCUGAGGGGGCGUGGUCGCGCGCACCGGGGCUCAUGGCUCGCUCCUCCACAUGUCCUGGUGCGCAGUGAGAGAGGAGAGAGAGAGAGAGAGAGAGAGAGAGAGAGAGAGAGGCGCGAUGGCCUGCAGCAGGAAUCAGCAGCGCUUCACCAGUCCCCGACUCCUCACCCGACUUCUCACUAAACACUAGCUGGUUCCGCUCACAUCUGGCCUCGAGUCCACGCCUGAAAAAGUGUAUGCAAGAAUGAACUGACCGACUCAUUUCAAAACAGUUUGACUGUAUUUUCUCUUUAGGUUAGAAAUCGUGAAGCAUGGGUGACUGGAGCUUUCUUGGGCGACUGUUGGAGAAUGCACAAGAACACUCUACGGUGAUCGGCAAAGUCUGGCUGACUGUCCUCUUCAUCUUUAGGAUCCUGGUGUUGGGAACAGCAGCAGAGGAAGUCUGGGGCGAUGAACAGUCGGACUUUACCUGUAACACGCAGCAGCCUGGUUGUGAAAACGUUUGUUAUGACGAGGCCUUUCCCAUUUCACACAUCCGUUACUGGGUGCUGCAGAUCAUCUUUGUGUCCACACCAACGCUCAUUUACCUGGGUCACAUACUGCACAUCAUCCGUAUGGAGGAUAAGCGCAAAGAGAAGGAGGAGGAGCUGCAAAAGGCACAGAGACACCAGGAGGAGAAGGAACUGCUGUUUAGAAAUGGGGAGGGUGGCAGUGGAGGUGGGAAAAAGGAGAAACCAUCAAUCAGAGAUGAGCAUGGCAAAAUCCGCAUCAGGGGUGCCUUGUUGCGCACAUACGUGUUCAACAUUAUUUUCAAGACCCUGUUUGAGGUGGGUUUCAUUUUAGGUCAAUAUUUUCUUUAUGGUUUCCAGCUCAGGCCACUAUAUAAGUGUGCACGGUGGCCCUGCCCCAACACUGUGGACUGCUUCCUGUCCAGACCCACAGAGAAGACCAUCUUCAUCAUGUUCAUGCUUGUGGUGGCUUGUGUAUCUCUUGUGCUGAAUUUAUUAGAGAUUUAUCACCUUGGAUGGAAAAAAAUCAAACAGGGUGUAACCAGUGGAUACAUCCCUGAGCAUGAGUCGCUAGCCCAUACUGACACGGUGGAGACAGGAGCCCUGCCUGCUGCCUCCAGAACUGACCCUGCAACCCUUAGCUAUCCUCCCAAAUACACCAAGUUGGCAGCAGGUAGCGCAGCCUUCCUGCAGCCUGGGUCAGUUCCCGUAACAGCGGAGUUCAAGAUUGAUCCUCUGCAUGAGGAGCCAAACUCUUUCUACAUCAGCAGCAACAAUCACAGGCUGGCUGCUGAGCAGAACUGGGCCAAUCUGGCCACUGAACAGCAAACUCUGGAAAAGAAGGCCAUUGCUCCCUCUACUUCCUCCUCCUCUGCCUCGUCCUGUGAUAACGAGCAGCGCCCGAGAGACGCUGCUCCCAUUACCAGCAUUCCCAACUCAAGUAGUGGCAUUUUGAGUAGUGGGAAGUGUGAGCCAGAGGAGAGUCACGUCACCACUACGGUGGAGAUGCACGAGCCACCUAGUGUGUUUACUGACCUCCGAUGCAUGAGCAGAGCAAGCAAAACAAGCAGUGUAAGAGCAAGGCACAAUGAUCUGGCUGUCUAGUAACCUUCAUUGCAUAGCUCCAAUUUUAAUAUAUACACAUUAGGAAAUGCAAAAAAUAAUGUGGAAAUAUAAACGAGAGUCAGGUUGCUGGAUGUUAUCUAGGGGGAUUAAAAAACAUAAAACACUGACAGCUGUGUAAUCAGUGGGUUGUGGUGUUGACAUAUUGCACUUGAAUGGAGUCUGAUGUUACGUGGCAGUUCAGUGAUAUGAUAAAUGAGAGCUUAUUCAGUUCACAUGUUAGGUGUUUAAAGAUAUUUCACAAUAUUGAACAUCGACCACAUUAAUAGGAACACAUGUACACCUGCUCAUUAAUGCAAUUAUCCAAUCAUCCACUCAUGUGGCAGCAGAGUAAAAGCUUCAGUUAGUGUUCAAAUCAGAAUGGGGAAAAGAUGUUAUCUCAGUGACUUUGACUGUGGCAUGAUUGCCAAUGUCAGACAGCCUGGUUUGAAUAUUUCAGAAAUGGCUGAUCUCCUGGGAUUUUCAUGUGCAAGAGUCUUGAGAGGUUACAUAGAAUGGUGUGAAAAACAAAAAACAUCCAGUGAGCGGUAGUUCUGCAGGUAGAAAUGCCUUGUUGAUGAGAGAGGUCAGAGGAGAAUGUGAGGCAGAAGACCACAUCGUGUUCCCUCCUGUCAGCCAAGAACAGGUAUCUGAGGCUACAGUGGGCACAGGUUCACCAAAACCAGACAGCUGAAGAUUGAAAAAUGUCGGUGAGCCUGCACCAACUGUACUCUCAGAUACCUGUUUUUUUUUCCACACCAUUCUGUGUAAACUCUAAAGACUGUUGCACAUAAACAGUCUCUGCUGUUGUAGCCUAUCUGCCUCAAGUUUUGGCAUGUUGAGUGUUCUGAGAUGCUUUUCUGCUCACUACGGUUGUCAAGAGUGGUUAUUUGAGUUACUGUAGCCUUCCUGUCAGCAGAAAGAAGUUUUAAACAGUUUCUCCUCUGACCACUCUCAGCAACAAGGCAUUUCUGCCUGCAUAACUGCCGGACACUGGGUGUUUUUUGUUUUUCACACCAUUCUCUAUAAACUCUACAGACUGUUGUGUUGAAAAUGCCAGGAGAUCAGCAGUUUCUGAAAUAUUCAAACCAGCCUGUCUGGCACCAACAACCAUGCCAUUGUCAAAGUCAGUGAAAUAACCGUUUUUCCCAAUUUUUUGUUUGAUGUGUGUUUUGUUUGAGUAUUAACUGAAGCUCUUAACAUGUAUCUGCAUGCACUGCUGCUAUAUGAUUGGCUGUGAGUGUAUAUCUGUGCAUUUUAACAUCUGAGCAUGUAGCUUAGGAGCAAAAUCCUGGAAAUACUGUCACCUUAGUGUAUUAUACAGCUUUAACUUUAUAUAUAUAUAUAUAUAUAUAUAUAUAUAUAUAUAUAUAUAUAUAUAUAUAUAUAUAAUUCAAUUACCAGAGAUCCAAAAGCGUAGUAUUGUUAAGAUUAAUCAAUAAACAAACAGUCAUAUUUAGUAGUGAUCCUACCACUGCAGUGCUUAAAUAACAUAUUUCAUAUAAAAGAGUUGUUUUUUAAACUGCAAUAUCCAAUUGCUGAUUGUCAAUAAUACAAAUUGCCUUUUUCUUUUGUUUCAAUCUUUCAGUUUUGAUUCAAUAAAAUCCAGUACUGGUGCACAUUUUCAGUAAAUGAAAGACACUAAAUAUCUAUCUGUGAUUGACCGUAACACAGUGUAAUUACUAUUCAGCAAUCACCUUUAUUACUUGCGUGUGUAUAAUUACACAUAUUAUCAAUUAUAGAUAUGCUAACAGGGACUGACAUACUAGAACUACAUUUCACUGAUUCUGAUUGUUAAUACUAACAUAUUAUUCAGUCCUGGAUUAUUGAUGAAAAUACGUUUUACGUUGAAAUUUAAAUUGAGAUCACAAUAUUUUCAGAGUGAAAAAACAGGAACAGGACAAGCAUUUAAUUUUAAAAUAGCAGUCCAGUAACAAUGUAGCUUUCUGUUUUGAAACUUGUUAAGCCCUCUUUUAUUAUAGCAAAUCUGCUCAUAAUCUCAUAAAGAAUGACCCUGAAGCCAGCAUCUGCCUCUGCAUUUGACUCACACAAUUAAGAUGGGAACAUUUUGUGAACAGUGAGAAAAAAAAAAAAAAAAAACAUAUCAGUUAAAUGUAGUUUUCUGUCUGAAGGAGAACACGGUUUUCUUGCACAGUUUAACUGAUCUAUGAAUUCUAAGCUACACUUCUAGAUUAGUUUGGAGAAGUUUAACAUAUCUUUCAGUUUGUCAUCAGAUACAUAUUACAGUUUUAAUACAUUUAAUGUAGAAUGUAAUGUGAAUACAAUGGUACAUGUGCCAUUUUAAAUUUCUUUUGAGUUUAUUCAUGACAAAAUGCUGUUUUUAAAGGAAUUGGUUGAUAAGAAAAACAAAAAAAAAUUCUUUCUCGUUUCAUAUUUUUAUUUUAGACUUUCUUGUAAUCAUUUUGUGAUUGGAAAAAAUAUGUAUUUGCUUUGAGUGCAUCUAAGAUGCUACAAGUCUUGGGUUACUUUUGCGGUCCUACUCAUUAGUGACUACUGCAGCUGUUUUAAGCAGGGGAAUGCUCAGUGCUUUGUUAUAAACUUGACAAAGAUGGGUCAUCCUUAUGAAUCACACAACACCUAAACACUUAAAGGAUCCAAUCUCUAACUCUAACUUUACUAUGUUUAGAACAUACACUAAAAUUAAUACACACAAACUUGACUUACAAGUCAAAGUAUUCAAAUAUGGAUUUACUCCUAAGCCUGAUCAGACUUUUGCUUGUGACAGCACUAAAAGCAUUUUACUUUUAUUAAAAUACAGUAUUUACAGAUGUAUGUAAUUUAUUUUCCCUAUUUUAAUGUACAAAGCACUGUGUUGCUUUUUUUGGUCCUUAAAGUUUACAUUUUAGUAAAUAGAUGAAGAUUUGCACAUAUGAGUAAACCAUGCUGUUCAGUGAAAAAGGAUCCUUAAAGGAAAAUGUCUUAAUAAUAUUGUGUUGAAGACAGUAUUUCUCAAAUAAAAUGACAUCAAAUGUGAUAUAAAAAGAACUUGUAGGUUACAGGUAUAGAUUUACCAUGUUUUAAGACUGUUAGCCUGAAAGGCACACAGAAAAGAUAGAUAUGUACUACAAUAAGAAUUUUACAUGGGUUACCACCAAUUUCCAUUUAGAUCAAUAAGAAAUGUACUUAGCUGCAGCAUUUUACUUUAACAUUUAUCUUGUGAAUGAUUGAAUUAUUUCAUUCUGACCAGUCAGGGAAAUUAACCCCGUACAUACACUCAGAAUAGCAGCCUGUUUAAAUGCUGUCUUAAGAGAAGUGCCUUGUGAUAUACUUUCUGUAAAACAUGUUGAUGUAAAUGUUCAUUUACCUCAAUUGUUUACAAAACUCUUACUAAAUAAACUUUUUGUACAAUAAAAAUUGAUGCUUGACAUGAUUUCUUUUAAGUAGCUAAGUGAUCAUGUUAGAGCUUUGAAGAGCAGAUUCAACAGAACGACACUGUCAAAGAGAGAUAGAACAUAUCAGCUAACAUUUCAGUGCAUACAGAGUGAGAGAUGA